AGUGUUUCCAGCCGGCACCAUUUCAUACGAGCGCACAGUCGCGUCGCGGCAGCAGCUGUCAUGGAGGGAGAUAAGACUGUUUUGAUCCACUUUGAUAUUUCACUUCUCCUUUGUCAUUUAGCUAUUGAUUAAUUGCAGGCUUUUACCACACAGAGCGGGCUGGGAAUGGCGGAUUCGGAGGACGUGCAGCUGGACUUCACUCUGAAGGAGCUGAGUCUCUCCGGGGAGAGCGGCUCUGCGGGCUCGGCCACCGUGGAGCUGCAGGACACCCGGCUGGUCUGCGUGGAGUACCCCGCCCUGGUCCGCUCCGUGGACAGGAUGCUGGACACGCUGGGGGGAGAGCACACACUCACCAAGACCUAUGCUGAUCCCAACAGGCGCCUUGAGCUGCGUUUCCGACCUGAGGACCCUUUCUGUCACUCCGCUUGUGGAAACCGCCUCCCAUCAAGCAACAUCCUCCUCAGAGUUAGAAGGCGGGUGCGAAAAAAAGACCCUAAUGAUACUGAGAUACAAAUGGAAAUGGUUGGCAUCAUUGGGACAACAUACAAGUUCCAAGGAAUGGUAGACUUUCAGUACCUUGCUAUGGAAUCAGAGGGUGGAAAAUACAAAUCCCUGUAUGACCGAAUCAUCCUUCGCAAAACAGAGAAUCAGGAGUUCUUUGAGCAGCCCGUUCCUUACUUUCUACCUCCAGCCAUCUUCUCCCGCCUCGAUACUCAUGUGGAUUAUUUCUACCGACCUGACAGUCAGCAAAAGUCUGCAGCAUCUUUCCAGAUGUCUGUCAGCAGGAACUUCAUCGGUCUGAAUCGUGCUCGCCGGCCCCACAAUGCCAUAUUUGUCAGCUUUAUUGAUCCGGCCGUGCCCACCGAGUGCGUUGAGGCAGCCAAGACUAACUGGGCAAGGUGCUGCCUAAAGGACAGUGACAAGCAGGUUGAACUAAAGAUGAAAAAGAUGUUUGAGAGCCGACCCAUCUGGUCACGGAACGCAGUCAAGGCCAACCUCAACAUCCACCCCGAGAAGCUGAAGCUGCUGCUGCCCGUCUACGCCUACUACAUGGUGACAGGACCGUGGAGAAGCCUGUGGGUGAGGCUGGGCUACGACCCUCGAAAGAGUCCCGAGUCCAAGAAGUACCAGAUGCUGGAUUUCAGGAUGCGCUGCAGCACCAAGCACGGAUAUUCACUGUCCAACAUGCCUGUGAAAGCGAAGAGGAGUGCCCUCAACUACACUCUUCCAAUCACAAUUAACAAAGCAGGUCCCCAGCCGGCGAGUCUGAUGGAUAUUCCUACUCAAGAAGGCCCGAGCACCAGUCGAGAUUCAGCUCCGGCCUCUUACCAGCUGAAGGAGUCGUCGUACAUCUUCAGAGAGGGCAUGCUUCCUCCUCACAGGCAGAUGUUCUACCAGCUGUGUGAUUUGGAGGUGGACAGUAUCAAAAAGGUGAUUGAGCAGAACACGGGGAAGGAGCAGACCUGUGAUGAGCGAGAUGGUUGGUGUGCGAUCGGCACCACAGACAAGCUGAGGGAUGUUGUCUCAAGCUUAGUUAAGAUGGUUGUGCGAGCACAGAAACCAGUACACCCUGAAGUGCCCCAAAAAAGACGAUGCAAAAGUGAAAUUUCAAGUUUCAAAGUCACAGACGAGGGUGAAGAGGAAGAAGAUGACUGUGACAACAAGGAAGAUGACGAGGAUGAAAUAGAUGAUUUUCAACCAUCCGAGGGAAGUGAAAAUGAGAUGGAGACGGAGAUUCUGGACUACAUGUGACAAACUAGUCCUCUAAAGACAUUCAUCCAGAUGUUCAUGGUUUACCUUUUCACUUUCGUAAAGUUGAAUAUAUUUCUUUAACUGUAAAUAAAUAAUUCCAAUUGUUUUUU